AUGGGCAAGGAUUAUAACCGCACGCUGGGGCUGUCCCGGGGGGCCUCGGCCGCCGACAUCCGCCGCGCUUACCGGCGGCAGGCGCUGCGCUGCCACCCGGACAAGGACCGGUCCCCGGGGGCCGAGCAGCGCUUCAAGGAGGUGGCCGAGGCCUACGACGUGCUCAGCGACCCCAAGAAACGGGAGAUCUUCGACAAGUACGGGGAGGAGGGGCUGAAAGGGGGAGCCCCCACGCCCGGGCCGGGGGGCUCCAACGGGCCCACCUUCACCUACACGUUCCGCGGCGACCCGCACGCCAUGUUCGCCGAGUUCUUCGACGGGCGCAACCCCUUCGACACCUUCUUCGUGCAGCGCAACGGCGACGAUGAGGACGGCGACGAGACCUUCAACACCUUCACGUGGGGGGGAUUCGGCAGCGUCAGCUUCCCGCGGGGCCGGGGCGGCGAGGGCCGCAAGCAGGACCCGCCCGUGCUGCACGAGCUGCGCGUGUCGCUGGAGGAGAUCUACAGCGGCUGCACCAAGAAGAUGAAGAUCUCCCACAAGCGCCUGGGCCCCGACGGGAAGACGGUGAGGAACGAGGACAAGAUCCUGACCAUCGAGGUGAAGAGGGGAUGGAAGGAGGGCACCAAGAUCACCUUCCCCAAGGAGGGCGACCAGACGCCCAACAACAUCCCAGCCGACGUGGUGUUCGUGCUCAAGGACAAGCCGCACGACGUGUUCCGGCGCGACGGCUCCGACAUCGUCUACCCGGCCAGGAUCAGCCUGCGCGAGGCUCUGUGUGGCUGCACGGUGACCGUCCCCACGCUCGAUGGCCGCUCCAUCCCCAUGGUGUUCCAUGACGUGCUCAAGCCGGGGGUCAAGCGCCGCGUCCCCGGGGAGGGGCUGCCCCUGCCGCGCUCCCCGGAGCUGCGCGGGGACCUCGUCAUCGAGUUCGAGGUCAAAUUCCCGGACCGGAUCGCCCCGCCUCCAAAACCCCUCCUGGAGCAGAUCCUGCCCCCAUAG